UGGUCUAGUAUAUUGCGGUUUACAUUAAAGCAGAACUAUUUAGCAGCUAGUAGUCAUAAGAGGUACUUAACUUGUGGAAGGGAGUUCUUAGUGAAACACUUUGUCGACUAACAGCCAUCGUACUGGUAAGACCGUAGUGCACGUCUUCUUAAAAGUACUUAAACAAUGCCUGGACCUCUUCGCACUAACAUGGAAGCUUCCUGGCCCAAAGAUGUUGGUAUUGUUGCUCUGGAGAUCUAUUUCCCCUCUUAUUAUGUUGACCAAGCAGAGCUUGAGAAGUUUGAUGGUGUUGACUCUGGUAAAUACACUAUUGGUCUUGGUCAGUCCAAAAUGGGAUUCUGCUCAGAUCGGGAGGAUAUUAAUUCACUGUGCUUGACUGUUGUGCAGAGACUAAUGGAAAGGAACUGCCUUUCUUAUGACUGCAUUGGAAGGCUAGACGUUGGAACAGAGACCAUAAUUGACAAAUCAAAGUCUGUCAAGACUGUACUGAUGCAGCUGUUUGAGGAAUCUGGGAACACAGAUGUAGAAGGAGUUGAUACGACAAAUGCCUGCUAUGGAGGAACAGCAGCCCUGUUCAAUGCUGUCAACUGGGUCGAGUCCAGCUCUUGGGAUGGACGUUAUGCUUUGGUGGUCGCUGGAGAUAUUGCUGUCUAUGCUACAGGCAAUGCCCGUCCAACAGGUGGUGCUGGUGCUGUGGCAAUGCUUGUUGGUCCAAAUGCUUCACUGGCUUUAGAGAGAGGUCUACGAGGAACGCACAUCAAGCAUGCCUAUGACUUUUACAAGCCAGAUAUGGUGUCUGAGUAUCCAGUGGUAGAUGGUAAGCUGUCCAUCCAAUGCUACCUCAGUGCAUUAGAUCGCUGUUAUAGUGUGUAUCGGAACAAAAUCCACACCAAGUGGCAAAAUGAGGGCAUUGAAGAGCACUUCAGUCUGAAUGAUUUUGGCUACAUGAUUUUCCAUUCUCCAUAUUGUAAACUUGUUCAGAAGUCAUUGGCACGAUUGCUGCUGAAUGAUUUUUUAGCACACCCCAACCCAAACACGGACAGUGGCAUUUUCACUGCACUGGAGGCAUUCAGAGAUGUGAAACUGGAAGACACAUACUUUGACAGGGAUGUGGAGAAAGCUUUUCUGAAGGCCAGUGCAGAGUAUUUUGACCAAAAGACAAAAGCUUCACUUCUGGUAGCCAAUCAAAAUGGCAAUAUGUAUACUCCAUCAGUCUAUGGCUGUUUGGCUUCUCUCCUUGCACAGUAUUCUCCACAGCAGCUAGCUGGCCAGAGGAUAGGUGUUUUUUCAUAUGGAUCUGGUUUUGCUGCUACUCUCUACUCAAUAAAAGUAACGCAGGAUGCAACUCCAGGGUCUUCCUUGGAUAAGUUGACUGCUAGCUUGUCAGAUCUCCACAGAAGACUUGAUUUACGGCAGUGUGUUUCACCCAGUGAGUUUGCUGAAAUUAUGAAGCUAAGAGAACACACCCAUCACCUAGCUGGGUACAUACCUAAGAGUCCAGUGGAUACACUGUUUCCAGGGACAUGGUACCUCACUCGAGUGGAUGAGAAACAUCGGAGGCAGUAUGCAAGGCGCCCAUUGCUAGAAACUGGACAUUCGGAAGUAGAAGUCUCCAUAAACAGUACUUGCAUGUCAUCUGAGCAUACACCAAGCCCUGCCAAGAAAAUGCCAAGAAUACCUACUUCCACAAAAGAACUUGAAGUUGGUGUCAGUAACGGUGAACAUUAAGACGCCCCCAAAGCGCAAGACCUGCAUUGUUCAAAAAAUUCUCGGCCAGUAUGUGGAGAGUAGGAAAAUAAGUAAAGAUGUAUAGUUAAAAAAAGCUCUUAUUUUUUUCUCCUGCCAUGCAGAAAUUAUGGUCUUACAUUUCUUAUGAAGAGAAAUGGAAGUCAUACAGGGUUUCUGAGUGAAAGUUUCUGCCUUUACCUGGUACAAUAAAUAACUGUUUUAGUGUGUUUUUACAUAUACUUUGAGUACACUAGAUAAUUUCCCUUACAGCUGCUAUUGAAUUGUUUCUCCAGUUUAUGGUACAGCAAAACAACCACAUUGAAACUACAGCACUUUCUGAUUGCAUGUGAUUGCUUGGUAUAUAAUUGGUAAAAAUGCACUUACAUUCUGUUGUUGCGAUCACUUGCUGAAGCAUUGAAGAUUUUUAAUGCUGACAUGCAUAAAAAGGCAUCUAAAAUGCUGAAUGUUCAUUUUUUUCACAACUUAAAAUCAGAUAGUAUACUUGAAAGAUCAAUUAGAUGAAUUAGACACGCCUGUGACAGCACAGUAAUUUCUCUGAUUUCAUGUAUCAGAUUGUAAAAAAAAAAUGUACAGAACUGAUGUACAGACUUAACUUUUUAUCUUAAAAUACUGUUAAUUUUUAAAUGUUUUUACUGUUCUCUGCAGACAGUCAGAAAUUUGUCUUGUACUCGUUUCAAUUUGUCUGUCAGUUUUCUCUUUCUGUGUGUUAUAUAUUGCAGUUUGUACUGUAAUUUAAUGAUCUUAAGUAAGCAAGUCAUUGACCAAGAGUUUGCUGCUCUAUUUAGAGUUUGUACAGUUUUCUGACAUUUUUCUUGUCAAUGGUUUAAAAUAGAACAAGAGUAUUAUUGUAUAGCUUGAAUGCAUUAUUUGUAUGAAAAUAAAUGCCUGUAACCAUAAAACAA